AUGGUCACUAUAACACAUAUCGAGACCCGGGACGUGAGGUUCCCAACCUCCCUCGACAAAACGGGCUCUGAUGCUAUGAACGCCGCCGGUGACUACAGCUCCGCCUACUGCAUCCUCCAUACAGACUCUCCCCACACCGGUCACGGCAUGACCUUCACCAUCGGCCGCGGCAACGAAAUAGUCUGCGCCGCCAUAACCCUCCUCGCCGACCGCAUCCGCGGCGCCGAUCUCGACACCCUCGUCUCGAACUGGGGCGCCACAUGGCGGCACCUAGUCUCUGACUCGCAACUGCGCUGGAUCGGGCCCGAAAAGGGCGUGAUACACCUAGCCCUCGGCGCCGUCGUCAACGCGCUCUGGGACCUCUGGGCCAAGACGCUGGGGAAGCCUGUCUGGCGCAUUGUCGCGGAUAUGACGCCCGAGGAGGUGGUCAGGUGUAUUGAUUUUAGGUAUCUUACGGAUGCGCUGACGCCGGAGGAAGCGGUGGCGAUGCUGGAGGAGACGGGGAAGGGGAAGGCGGAUAGGAUAAGGGAGGCGGAGGCUAGUAGGGCUGUCCCGGCGUACACGACUAGUGCGGGGUGGCUGGGGUACGGGAAGGAGAAGAUGAGGGCCUUGCUGGAGGAGACGGCUGCAAAGGGGUACCGGCACUUUAAGCUGAAGGUUGGGGGCAGUGUUGAGGAGGAUAGGGAGAGGCUACAGAUCGCGAGAGAUGUGAUCGGGUAUGACAAGGGGAAUGUGUUGAUGGUGGACGCGAAUCAGGUCUGGUCCGUCCCCGAAGCAAUAGACUACAUGCGCCACCUCGCGGAAUACAAGCCCUGGUUCAUCGAAGAGCCCACCUCGCCCGACGACAUCUACGGGCACGCCGCGAUCCGGUCCGCGCUGGCCCCUCUCGGCAUCGGCGUCGCGACUGGCGAGAUGUGCCAAAACCGUGUAAUCUUCAAGCAGCUCCUCCAAGCCGGCGCGAUCGACGUGUGCCAAAUCGACGCCUGCCGACUCGGCGGCGUAAACGAAGUCCUCGCCGUACUGCUGCUGGCAAAGAAGUUCAACGUGCCCAUCGUGCCGCACAGCGGGGGUGUCGGCCUACCGGAGUAUACGCAGCAUCUUAGCACGAUCGACUAUGUGGUGGUCAGCGGGAAGAAGAGCGUGUUGGAGUAUGUGGAUCAUUUGCACGAGCACUUUUUCCAUCCGGCGGUUAUUAGGGAUGGGCACUAUGUCACGCCGAUGGAUCCGGGGUAUAGUGUUGAGAUGCGGCCGGAGAGCAUGGAGAGAUUUGAGUUUCCGGGUAAGGAGGGGGUUAGUUGGUGGAGGAGUGAGGAGGCGAGGAAGGUGUUGGAGGCGGAGAGGAUAUGA